CACUCCAUCUCCGGUUGGCCUGUGAGGUAUCAGCAUUUCGGGAGAGCAAAUCUGACGACAGGAGAUUCUACAUAUUUUCUCCCACAAAGACACUUCACCUGAAGACAGAUUCGAAAGAUGACCGUGUCGCUUGGAUCGAGGCCCUGAUCCUGGCGAGGAGUGUGUAUUCACUCAGAUCAUUCAGUGGACGAAUAAGUUUUGUGCAGAGUGAUGUUUCGGUUUCAACCGCAAGGCUCCGGAAUCGGAUGCGGCAGGAAGGUUUAAACGAGAGUCUUAUACGGGACUGUGAACAGAUUAUGCUUUCGGAGUUUUCAAGCUACCGAAAGCAACUGAAACUACGCUAUGAGGAUCAUCUAAGCUUGUUUGGAUCCAGUAGACACCAUUUUGAGGAAGGUAAAGAUGGAAAUAUAAUACAGGGGGCGUUGUCAAGAAAUGAAUUUCCUAGUUCUCGACGUGGGAAUUUUAGCGAAUAUAGCACAACAGAAUCUGAUGACUUUGAGAAGCAAGAUGGUGGUGACUUGACUUGUGAAGAAGAGUCUACAUUCUUUGAUGCUGCAGACUACUUCACUGAAUCAAACAGCAGAUCUUCAGCAAUGUCAAGUUCUACAGAUUGUGGUGUACACAGUGGUACUAACAUAGAUAACUCAGGUUGCCUGGAAAUUGAGAAUGUCCAAAUGCAAGAUUCUGACAACAUGCUACCUCAAAUCAAACGACGGAGUAAAUUACCAGAACCUACUGAGAAAGAGAAAGGAAUCAGCCUUUGGUCCAUUAUUAAAGAUAGUGUCGGCAAGGAUUUGACAAGAGUGUGCCUUCCAGUUUACUUUAAUGAACCACUGUCAUCCCUCCAGAAAUGCUUUGAAGAUUUAGAAUAUUCCUACCUUUUGGAUCAGGCAUAUGAACAUGGAAAAGUGGGAAACAGCCUCAUGAGAAUUCUGAAAGUAGCUGCUUUUGCGGUCUCUGGCUAUGCUUCUUCUGUCGCGAGACCUUGCAAACCGUUCAAUCCGUUGUUAGGAGAGACCUAUGAAGCUGAUUUUCCUGAUAGAAGGAUCCGCUUUUUUGCUGAGAAGGUUAGUCAUCAUCCCAUGCUGAUUGCCUGCCACUCUGAAGGCAAGGGUUGGAAGUUCUGGGGCGACAGCAAUGUAAAAUCCAAGUUCUGGGGGCAGUCAAUUCAAGUUGAUCCAGUUGGCGUUUUGACACUGGAAUUUGAUGAUGGUGAAAUUUUCCAAUGGAGUAAGGUGACAACAACUAUCAAUAACCUCAUUCUUGGGAAGCUGUACUGCAAUCAUCAUGGAACCAUGCACAUAAAAGGGAAUCAACAGUAUUCAUGUAAACUCAAGUUCAAAGAGCCAUCGCUGCUUGACCGCAAUCCUCGCCUGGUACAAGGCUUCGUAGAGGACAAUGAUGGAAAGAAGGCUUCCUUUGUAAUAGGAAAAUGGGACGAAAAUAUGUACUAUAGUAAUUUAGAUACUUCCAAGAUCAGGAGUGCUGAUCAAUUGCAAGGUGCCUCCCUACUUUGGGAAAAGAGCAAACCUUCUCCCAACCCAACUCGGUACAAUCUAUCUUCUUUUGCGAUCACAUUGAAUGAGUUGACCCCAGAGCUUCAGGAGAAACUUCCUCCUACUGAUUCACGGCUGAGGCCAGACCAGCGGCAUUUGGAGAAUGGUGAAUAUGAAAAGGCAAACACAGAAAAGUUGAGGUUGGAACGGCGGCAAAGAAUGUCGACUAAACUUCAAGACAAUGGCUGGAAGCCUCGAUGGUUCGAGCAGGACGCUGAAGAUGGGACAUACCAUUACAAAGGUGGGUACUGGGAAGCAAGGGACCAAGGACGCUGGGACGGAUGCCUCAACAUAUUCGGGGAGUUCUCAGAAACAUGAACGGCCAGCUCUUGCAGCAACAAUCGGUUCGGUUCAGAUGCAAACGGCUCCGCCAGCAUUGCGCCCCCAAAGCAUCUUACAGGAGAGGAAUGCAAUGCAAGAGUAUAGAGGCAUUGAAGAAGAAGGCCUUGCCGUCUUGAAUGGUAGAUAUCGAUGGAUGGCUACGGCUGCCGGCACAUUAGUUCCUGAAUAAUAAUGUACUCCCUCUAGCCUAAAUAGUUGCGCAGAUUUAGGCAAAAUGUAGGCUAAAAUGUGUUUAGGUUCAUUGAACCCGUGACAAGCAUUUAGGGCCGGAGGGAGUAGCUAUUCUUUCGUUCGUUUGUGUUGGAUGCUUGCUCUUGAGUAGCUUUCCUUUUCGUAUCUGGAUGUUUCAUAGUGUAGCCGAGCAAGCAUCAUUUGUAGAAAGAAAAUAGAGGUCAAAUUUACAAAAAAAUUACCAAGUUGUCAAAUAUAAUGGCAUAAAGUCAACAAAUAAAAUCCCUUUUGUUGCUUUGGCGAAA